AUGCGGUGGCUUCUCCUCGUUUCUUUAUUCACUGCUUUGUAUGCGGAUUUGCCAAGUUGUGCCCGGGCUCGUUGCCUGCAUUGUGAGGUGGAGUUCAUCUCGCGCAUGUGCCCUGAUGUCUGCUCGAGAUGCCCGGGAAGGGUGCAGUCCCCUGUGCCGCAGAACACGAUCCCGAGACAACCGGCGCCAAUCUAUCGCCAGCCACAACCUCAGCAACCAGUUCCAACACCACCACAACGCCGAGAAGCCCCACAACCACCGCCAGCGCAAAUUGUGCCUCCACCACGACCACAGCAACAACAACAACAACAACAACAACAGCAUUUUGUUCAACUGCAACAAACGCACUACUUGCCCACUCAGAAUCAGCCGCAAGCGCAACAAUUUGCUGCACCAAAUACACAGCUGCACCCAAUCCCACCGCAACAAGUCGCCUAUCAACCAUUGUACGCUCCACCACAGCACCAACCACAGCAACAAGCUCAACAACAAGCUCAACAACAACAAUAUCAACAAUUUCAACAGCCCCAACAACCACAGUAUCAACAAUAUCAACGUCAAAUCGUUGUCACUCAACCCCCACCCCCACCAGCCGUUACUCCAUCAAGAGAGCAAGCUGUCACAUUGGCUCCAUUGAUUCAAAUGCCUUCUGCUGAGGAAAUCAAUCAACAAUUGGUCGCUCAGCAAAGGAUCUUGUCGAAUGGAUUGUACUCACAGGUACCGCGAGCUGCUCAAGCUCCUGAGCCCCAGCAACAAGCGACUCAACAAUCUACCCAGCAGAACACUCUCUUCCCGGGCCUUUUCCCCAAUCAACAACCAUCCCAAUCUUCUUCUCAAACCUCUCCAUUCUUCAAUCCAUUUCAACCAUUUCUCCAAAACCUUGGCCUAGCUCCAUCGGCUCCAUCAGCUUCAAAUCCCUUCGGAUUACCCACCUUUCCUCCAAAUCAAUUUUUCAGCACUACCGCCCCAACUCCUCAACAACAAUAUAAUCAGGCCUCGUACUACGGGGUGAACGGCCAACAACAGCAACAGCGAAGUCCCUAUGGAGUACAGCAACAACAACAGCAACAACAACAGCAACAAUAUCAAGGCUAUCAGCAGGCUUCUCAAUCCAAAGCUUUGGCCACAAAUUCGAUCCAACAAUCGACCAACUAUGCUCAACAGGGAAAUCAGGUAGUGGCUCGUUCGAUUGACUCCUCUCCGCAAACGUACGAGAAAAACUUCUACGCCGGAGUGGCAAAGCCACAAGUGCAAUACCCGCAAUGUCCCCGUCAACCCGGCUGGCUUCCGUGUAUCGGUAAACAGGAGGCGAAUCAACGUUUCGCGAACUGUUGCGCAAGAUUGGGUGAAGGCUGUAUGCCACUCUGCAACUAUGAUGCUAAUCUGGCUACAAUGCAACUCAACGUGUUAACCGGUCGUUGCCCACUUCAAAAAGUGCACGAUAUCAUGAUUUGUGCGUCUGGUUACAAAGAUGUGACUCAAUGUUGUGAAGCGUACAACGUAUUCGAGCCAGGCUUCGAGCACUGCCGACCCUACUGUAACCCGGCUGGCGGUCUACCGGAGGGUGGUCUAUUAUCCGAGAAAUACAAAUGCUUAGGGAAAUUGUCAUAUAUUCAGCAAUGUUUCUACGUUUCCCAGAAUCCA